AUGCUAAAACCAGGAAUUCGUUCGGUACAAAAACGGUUCAUUACAGAAACUGUGGUAAGGUCUACCCAGCCAUCUGUUUCUAGAAGAAGGAAGACUACUCAUUUCACAGAUAAGUUGAAUAAAGGGCCCUCUUUUGAAGAUUUUGUUAACGGUAAUGCACAAAAAUUUACCUUAGAUCCGUUAGAAAAGGCAAGGCAGAACAGUGAAGAAGUGCAAAGGCUACCAACUUGGUUAAAAGUGCCGAUUGCCAAGGGUUCAAAUUUCCAUAAGUUGAAAAACGACGUGAAGGAGUUGAAACUAAGUACCGUUUGUGAGGAAGCUAAGUGUCCCAACAUCGGAGAAUGUUGGGGUGGUGGUGAUAAGUCAAAGGCAACAGCAACAAUCAUGUUGUUAGGUGAUACUUGUACCAGAGGUUGUAGAUUCUGUUCCGUGAAGACUAAUCGGAAACCUUCAGCACCGGAUCCGACAGAACCAGAGAAUACUGCAGAAGCUAUUUCGAGAUGGGGUCUGGGUUACGUCGUGUUAACUACCGUUGAUAGAGAUGAUCUCGUGGAUGGUGGUGCAUACCAUUUGGCAGAAACUGUUCAGAAGAUAAAGCAAAAGGCGCCCAAUAUUUUGGUUGAAACAUUAUCUGGUGAUUUCAGAGGUGACUUAGAAAUGGUUAAAGUCAUGGCUCUCUCGGGACUUGACGUCUACGCACAUAAUAUGGAAACCGUUGAAGCUUUGACACCACACGUUAGGGACAGAAGAGCCACUUAUAGACAAUCGUUGAGCGUGUUGGAAUGCGCCAAGAAAACCGUUCCAACUCUGGUAACAAAAACUUCGGUCAUGUUAGGCUUAGGUGAAACGGAUGAACAAGUCUUGCAAACCAUGAAGGAUCUUCGUGCCAUCGGUUGUGAUGUCAUCACUUUUGGUCAGUAUAUGAGACCCACAAAGAGACACAUGAAGGUUGUGGAGUACGUCACGCCAGAAAAAUUCGAUUAUUGGAAACAGAAAGCGUUAGAGUUAGGUUUCCUAUAUUGUGCAUCUGGUCCGCUUGUUAGAUCCUCUUAUAAAGCUGGUGAAUCAUUUAUUGAAAAUGUUCUAAGAGGCAGGAGUAGAGCAAGAAUUUAG